AAUCGUGCAACUUCGCAGAAACAGUCGAGGAAGGCCUCGAGUCGGUCGUCGGUAUCCGUGACAGUGUGACAGUAAAUUAUUGACAAUAUGGAGCAUAGGAUAUUUUGGCAAAUUAGUGAAUAAUAAAAACCUAGAAUUUAAUAGUCCCACUUGUAAAUAUUGUCAAUGUUUAGUGAUAAAAGUGAGAGGCCUUUGAAAUGGGAAAGCUACUGUCAAAAAUUUUUGGCAACAAGGAGAUGAGAAUAUUGAUGCUGGGUUUGGAUGCUGCAGGAAAAACAACAAUUUUGUACAAAUUAAAACUAGGCCAAUCGGUAACAACAAUUCCAACAGUAGGAUUCAAUGUAGAGACAGUGACCUAUAAGAAUGUAAAAUUUAAUGUAUGGGAUGUAGGUGGACAAGACAAAAUUCGGCCCCUUUGGCGUCACUACUACACAGGCACACAAGGAUUAAUAUUUGUUGUGGAUUGUGCAGAUCGUGAUCGCAUUGAUGAGGCUCGUCAAGAAUUGCAUAGAAUUAUCAAUGACCGUGAAAUGCGGGAUGCUAUAAUACUCAUAUUUGCGAACAAACAGGAUUUGCCAGAGGCCAUGAAACCACAUGAGAUCCAGGAAAAACUAGGAUUAACUCGAAUGAGGGAUAGAAACUGGUACGUCCAACCUGCUUGUGCUACAACUGGUGAUGGAUUAUUUGAAGGCCUCACCUGGCUAACAAGUAAUCAUAAAUUAUAGCACUCUUGUCUGGCACAUACUCACAUUCAAUUUUAUAGUCAAAAAAAGUUUUCUCUAAGAAAAGUGAUGAAUUAGGAUGCAGGACUGGGUAGUUUUAAUCUCAACAUUCCAACUGCCAACAAUGGCUUGGGCAGUGCUAUUUUCACAGCCAUUUAGUGGCAACGUUUGGACCAUUGUUUCUUAGUUUGUGCCUCCUAGUAAUAAUUUGUAAAUAGCUACUAUCUUUAGGGCACUACUAAGUUGUUUUGUUUAAUCCGGUAUCCUGUAUCGUUUUUAAAAGUAUUUUAUAGUCAGCACACAAACAAAAAAAAAUACUCCAUCAUUGCCUCGUUUUUCAGAUUUUUAUUUUGCUCUUCCAUAACUAUUGUGGACAAAAAUACUAAAUAUGAAAGUUGUUGAGCAUGGUGUAAAGUUUUGCCAAAACUGGUAUUGUACACUAUUGUUUAAUAGUAACUUUAAGCUUUAGUCCAAGUGUAAUCUUAUUCCAAGAAUCCUUAGUUUGAACUUAUUAUCAAAUGAUAACUUGAAAACAAAAUAAAUUGUGUAGAUAAUAUACAGCCUGUCAAGUUGAAUAUUGAUACAUAAUUUUGAUUAAUUCAGAACUAGGUACUCUACAUAUGUACUUAGUUACAGGACCUUAAAAGUGAAUAACAUUUUCUCUCACAUUUUCUGUAGCCUACAAAAAUAAAUUUGAACCUUUUGGAUCAAGAGCAUAUUUAUAGUCUUGCUUUUUGUAUCCUUUUUCAAGUGUUCCUUAGGCCCGUAUUCAUAGUCGAUGCUCAAGGUUGCGUCUUGGCUCAAGUACGACUUGACGCCAUAUUUGCUAUUCCAAACAACACGGAAUGAUGCUCACAACUGUAAAAAAUCGGAGCUUGAGCCAAGCACCCGUCUAUGAAUACCGGGCUUAGAAUAGUUGCUUCGCUUAUGUUAUGGCUAUUUGCAUGGCUAUAACUUAAGGAAUAUUUAAUCUAGGUGGAGCUUUGAAUGUGACUUUUCUUUCUACAAAAGUCACAUUCAAAGCUUCAUUUAGAUUAUAUAUCCCCCAAGUUAUAGCCGUGCAAAUAGCCUUUAAUUGCAUAUUUAUAAACACCUACAACCAACAACAAAAAUGUAUGUCAUUGUCAACAACCUUCAUUAUAUUUGAGGUUACCAUUAACAACAAAAAGCUGAUUGGGAUUAGACCUUAUAAGGUGACCACCCUGCAUUUUAUAAUAUUUCAAGUUAUCAACCCAAAUAAAUUUAAAGAAAAAAAUAUGUCUAGAGUUUUUUGUUCUAUGGCCUAUUGCUACUGCUACUAAUUUUUCAAAUUAAUGCUGAACAAGAAAAAAUACUUUCAAACAAUUAUUAUUUCACAUAAUAACUUAUAGUGUUCCUGAAUGUACAUCCAUAAAUGAAAAAUAUUCUGACACCUAAAAUAUGUCCUUGUAUUAUAACAUACAAAUAUUGCAAGGAUAUAUUAUUUUGUUGGUGGCAUAUUUUUCAGUUAUGUUAUUCUUCACAUGUAUUAAUUUUGAUUGUUUUAUAUUGUAAAAUAUUGUUGCCACAUUUAAAUUUAGAUUUAAUUUUAGUUGGUGUAAUAAUUAAUAAAAACCAAUUUACCUAUCAUAUUUAGUAUUACCUAUCCAUGUUUUGUAAUAGAAUUAAAUAUGGAGGUUUGUACAAUCUCUUACAAUUUGCAUUAAAGGGCUUGUUUAGUUAAACGAAUUUCAAUAAAAUGAUAUCAGUUUUAGGUAUUUCAACCAUUUUAUCUUUCUAAUAUUUUUUAAGCUUACUAAUAAUUACUUUAAAAUGCGAAGACUGAAUAAAAUUAAGAUCAAUAUUUGCCAGUCUAAGAAGUCAUCAUGCCAGUAUUAUAGAUCAGAUUAUUGUGCCAAAAAUUUCCUAACUUAUUAAAGCUUUUUUUUUGGCAAACAAAUAUUCAUGUAUGAUUUUUGAAGUGGGGAGAAUUCUGAACAUUGAAGUGCCAUUCAAUUAGAUUUUAAAAAAGAUUACCUACUUAUAUUAAUUUAUUUGAAUCAAACCUUAUUGAUAUUUUGAUAAUAUAAGUCAUAAGUCUGACAUAACAAUGCUCAUUUUAUGAUAUUUAUUGAUCUGUAAAAAUAUUUCAAGUGCAAUUUAUGAGAAGUAAAAUAUUUUAAAUCCAAGUUUAUGUUAAUACAAUUUUAGAUCUAGGCUCGUUAUACAACAGAUUCAUAUCUAUAUUUUUUUACUUAUAACUUAUCUAUCGAUAAAUAAAGGACAAAAUUAAGUGUUGUAACUAACUACAUAUGUUUUUACGUAAAUAAAAUUAUUACAAUUUAUGUUACAUUUAGGCUGGAGUUACCCAAUUCCUUAAUUCUUAACAUUUGUCCUUAAUUUUUAAAAAGUUCAUUUUAUCCAACAUUGGUGUUUUUAAAGAUUAAGAAUUAAGAACGAAAAUUAAAAACUAAGAAAUUUGGUAACCCUGGCCUUAGAAAUAACAAUAUUCUAAAUUAAUGCAAUUAUAUUAUGAAGUUUAAAAUUUGCAUUUAAGUUCUGAUAACAGCGAAAAAAUAAGGGAAAUUUUUUGCACCUUAAUAAUUAUUAAGUAUGUACCCCUAAUUUAAAUUCUAAAAAAGGUAUACUGCUGAAACUGUAUAAUGGAAAAAUGUAUUUUCCACUAUCCUCAAAAUUUAAACUUUGAUUGAUAUUUCAAUGAGGUCCACAAAAAAUAUGCAUUAUUUGGCUUGCAAACUUUUCUAGUGUCACAGGUAAAUAUAAUAUGAUGCACAAUGCUUAGUAGACAAUGUGAAGGUAACUCAUAUCUUUUUUGCAAGAUGCAGAGUAAGUACUCCCUGUUCCAACAACUUGUAGCUAACAAUUUUAGAUGCUACUUAAAAUAUUUUACACAUUUUUGUGCAAUAAGUAAUGUUUAUAGAUAAAACAUCACUAAUAAAGUAUAACUAAUUAAUUUAUAGAAAAAAAUAAUAUGUUCAUAAGUUCUUAACACAAGUAUUUUUAGAUAUUAGGUAGGUAUCAAAUUGAUAUAUUCUCCCAGUAAUAUGACAAUGUGUAUAUGAAUAUCCCAGUGAACCUAUGUUUUUUUUGUUUUGGCUAAAUGUUAAUUUUGUUGUAUAAAAUUAGCUAGGUUUAAUUAAAGUUUUUAUUUAGAUGGAUAAGUGUUGGAAAGUAAUUGCAAAUAUGAUGUAAGUUGAGGAAAAAAAAAAGAAUCAAGUCAAUUAUAAGUAAAGUAUUACCCCUCAUGUUGUGUUGGCGGUUAAUUUGGUUAAUUGCACUAUCCGCAAUAAAAUGUACUAUUAAUUAAUAA